UGUUUCAGUUUGAGCCCCAGCUACAUCGAUCUGACCGAGUGUCCCUACAUGUGGCCCUACUGCUCCCAGCCCAUCUACUACGGAGGAAUGCCGACGAUCGUCAAUGUCACCGUCCUCAACGGCAUGGGUGUCACAGGGAGAAUCGUAGACAAGCCCGAGUGGCAGCCCUACUUACCGCAGAACGGAGACAGCAUCGAGGUGGCUUUCUCUUACUCCUCAGUGCUGUGGCCUUGGUCGGGCUACCUGGCCAUUUCCAUCUCCGUCACCAAGCAGGCCGCCUCCUGGGAAGGCGUCGCGCAGGGGCACGUCACGGUCACCGUGGCUUCCCCGGCGGAGGUGGACUCAAACGGUGCAGAGCAGACUUCAACAGUGAAGCUUCCAGUUAAGGUGAAGAUAAUCCCCGCUCCUCCUCGAAGCAAGAGGGUUCUCUGGGACCAGUACCACAACCUGCGCUACCCGCCCGGCUACUUCCCCAGGGAUAACCUGAGGAUGAAGAACGAUCCUUUGGACUGGAAUGGCGACCACAUCCACACCAACUUCAGGGACAUGUAUCAGCACUUGAGAAGCAUGGGCUACUUCGUCGAAGUCCUCGGCUCCCCCUUCACGUGCUUUGACGCUAAUCAGUACGGAACGCUGCUCAUGGUGGACAGCGAGGAGGAGUACUUCCCCGAGGAGGCGGCCAAGCUCCGCAGGGACGUGGACAGCGGCCUCUCGCUCAUCGUCUUCGGUGACUGGUACAACACGUCCGUGAUGAGGAAGGUCAAGUUUUACGACGAAAACACGAGGCAGUGGUGGAUGCCGGACACCGGAGGAGCCAACAUCCCAGCCCUGAAUGAGCUGCUGUCGGUCUGGAACAUGGGAUUCAGCGAUGGCCUGUACGAGGGGGACUUUACCCUGGCAAACCAUGACAUGUAUUAUGCGUCGGGGUGCAGCAUUGCUAAAUUUCCAGAAGAUGGCAUAGUGAUAACACAGACAUUUAAGGACCAAGGAUUGGAGGUCUUAAAGCAGGAAACAGCAGUUGUUGAAAACGUCCCCAUUUUGGGGCUGUAUCAGAUCCCGGCUGAGGGUGGAGGCCGGAUCGUGCUGUACGGAGACUCCAAUUGCUUGGAUGACAGUCACCGACAGAAGGACUGCUUCUGGCUCCUGGACGCGCUCCUGCAGUUCACAUCGUACGGGGUGACGCCCCCCAGCCUCAGCCACUCGGGGGCUCGGCAGCGCCCCCCCAGCGGAGCGCGCUCGGUGGCUCCGGAGAGGAUGGAAGGGAACCACCUGCACCGAUACUCCAAGGUCCUUGAGGCCCGGCUGGGAGGCCCUGAGCCUCGGGCGCUGCCGGCCUGUCCGCACCUGUCGUGGGCCAAGCCGCAGCCUUUGAAUGAGACGGCUCCCAGUAAUCUUUGGAAACACCAGAAGUUACUCUCCAUCGACCUGGACAAGGUGGUGUUACCCAGCUUCCGAUCAAAUCGCCCUCAAGUGAGACCCUUGUCUCCGGGAGAGAGUGGAGCGUGGGACAUUCCCGGAGGGAUCAUGCCUGGCCGCUACAACCAGGAGGUGGGCCAGACCAUUCCCGUCUUCGCCUUCCUGGGAGCCAUGGUGGUCCUGGCUUUCUUCGUGGUGCAGAUCAACAAGGCCAAGAGCAGGCCAAAGCGGAGGAAGCCCAGGGUGAAGCGCCCACAGCUCGUGCAGCAGGUUCACCCGCCAAAGGCCCCCUCGGUGUGACGUCCGCCCGGCUGGCUGUGAGCACCGGGGAGCACCUUCGAGGGUGGCUGCGGCCGGCGGGCGGAGCCGUGGGCUCCCGGGGGCCCCCUGCUCGAAACGCUCUGAGAGCCUGUGCCGAGCGGGCCUCCCCCGGCGAGGAGCGCAGGCUCGCGGUGUGUCGUGCGGGGCGCGGGGCCGUGGGAGGGCCCCGCGGGGCAGCCUGGAGUCAGACCUCGCCGGCCGCCCGUGCACCAAAGACUCGGACAACUUCUAAAGGCUGUCGGGGAGGAAACGGCUCUGACCAAGCUAGAUGUGCUCCAUAAAGGCUAUUUUCUAUAUUUAUUGUUGGGGAAAAGUCACUUUAAAGACUUGUGCUGUAUGGAAGCAAAGCUAUUUUUUCUGUCAACGGAACGCAGUUUUUUACUAUUACAUCAUGAGGAAUAACACAGACGCCGUGAUCUCCUUUUUGAUGAGAGGACAGGUGAAACAUAGCCCUUCGCUUUAUUUUUAUAAGUAUCAACUGCCAUCGUGUUUUGUAAUUUGGGUCUUGAUUUCACCAUUGUUGGUGAAGAAAAUUUUCAAUAAAUACGCAUUACCUGUAUGAAGCUAAAAAGAAGUGUGUAAUGGGCUCUUGCCCACCUGUCCAUUUCUCUUUGAUGACAACCUGGAAUGGCUUCUGAGUCAGCCUGUUAAAUAUUUUUUUGAGAUGUAAUUCAUGUCCUACAAAAUUCUGUUUAAAAGUGUACGGUUCAGUGGUUUUUAGUAUAUUCCAAGGUUGUGCAACCAUCACCGCUAUAAUUCCAGAACAUUUUCAUCGCCUCCAAAAGAAACCUCCUACCCAGCAGCCAGUCAGCCUCCGUUCCCUCCUCCCACAGCCCCAGGCAACCACUGAUUUGCUGUCUCUAUGAAUUUGCUUAAUCUGAACAUUUCAUAAAAAGGGCGUCGUAUAAUACAUGGCCUUGGCGGACUGGCUGCUCUCACGGAGCGCGUCCUAGUGGUUCAUCCGUGUUGUAGCUGUCUCCGUACCUCACUCCUUUCUAGACCUGAAUGACACUCCGUCGGAUGGAUAGGUCUUGUUUUGUUUAUCCUCACUUGAUGGACCUCUGAGCUGUUUCCACUUUUUGUCUGUUGUGAAUAGUGUUGCUUUGAGCAUGCGUGUACCAUUUCUAGUGUGGACAUAAGUUUUCAUUUCUGUUGGGUUGGCACCGAGGAGUAAAAUCCUAUAGUUUUAUGCUUCACUUUUUGAGGAACUGCCAAACGCUUUUUCCAAAGCUGCAUCACCGUUUUACGUUCCCACCAACAGUGUAUGAGGGUCCCAGCUUCUCUACAUU